GCGCGCGGGGCGGGGGGGUCCUCGUCGGCGCGCGGAAAAAAACGCGCCAAGUUCGCUGACGGUGUCCCCGCGGUCUCCAUGGCAACGGCGAGCGGGAGCGGGGCCGGGAUGUAGCGGUGUGAGCGCCCCGGCCGCGCCCCGCAGGAACCAUGCCCGGCGUCCUGCCCGGCGACAGCGCCAGGGCCAGCCCCUCCAAGAAGAACAGGCUGUCGCUGAAGCUCUUUCAGAAGAAGGAGGCGAAGCGAGCGCUGGAUUUCACCGAGGCGCAGGAAAAUGAGCAGCAGAAGGGCGCGGAGUUCCGAGGCGCCGAGAUUGACCAGGUGGUUCCUGCAGCACAGCCCCCCUCCCUUGUCAGCUGUGAGAAAAAAGACAGCAUGUUGCCUUUUGUGGGCUUGAACAACCUGGGCAAUACCUGCUACCUGAACAGUGUCCUGCAGGUAUUAUAUUUUUGUCCUGGUUUUAAAACUGGAGUAAAACAUUUAUAUAACAUUAUUUCAAAGAAGAGAGAAUCUUCAAAGGAUGAAGGAGAGCAAAAGGCAGAAAAGGGAAGCUGUAAAGAAGAUCCCUUGGCAAGUUAUGAACUCAUCUGCAGUUUGCACUCCUUGAUCCUUUCAGUUGAGCAGCUUCAAGCCAGUUUUCUCCUAAACCCAGAGAAAUACACGGAUGAAUUGGCCACUCAGCCCCGGAGGCUGCUGAACACCCUCAGAGAGCUGAACCCCAUGUACGAAGGGUACCUGCAGCACGAUGCCCAGGAGGUCCUGCAGUGUAUCCUGGGGAACAUCCAGGAAACCUGCCAGCUGCUGAAAAAGGAGGAGCUGAACAAACUGCCUGUGGAAGAGCCUGCAGCUAAACUGGAGGAAAAACCCAACCAAAAAUCAGAGAGCAACGGAUCCCUCAGCCCUGCUGAGGAGGAGGAUCCCACCCUGGGCAGCCAUGGCGGAGACGCGGCCAAGGAGAAGCUGCUCAAGGGAAACGGGAAAAGGAAAAGCGACGCUGAAGGUGGCAACGCCAAGAAAAAAUCCAAAGUAUCUAAAGAGCAAAUUGCAGCAGAAGAAAAUCAAAGACAAACCAGGUCCAAGAGGAAAGCCACGGGAGAAAAGAUGGAAAACCAAACGGAUGCCAUUGCCAAGUGUUCCGGGGAGAGCGAGAGCGCCAAGCCCACGCAGAAAAAGUCGCGCCUUAGGUUAAACUGGUUAAAAUCUUCCUGCAAACAGCCCAGUAUUCUGUCCAAAUUUUACAGUCUAGGAAAGUUAACUACAAACUUGGGACCCAAAGACCCAGGGAAAGAAUAUGACUGUGAGUUUGAAGAGUCAGCUGUCAAGUGUGAAAAUGGUGACAGUAAAGAAGAAUAUCAUGAACCAGCGUCUCCCAUGGAAAGCCAUCAUGGAAAAGGAACUGAAAAAGAACCAAAAAAGGAAGGUACAGAGCUGGCUGUCUUCGAGCUGGUGGAGAAACUCUUCCAGGGCCAGUUAGUGCUGAGGACGAGGUGCUUGGAGUGUGAGUGCUUCACGGAAAGGAGGGAAGAUUUUCAGGACAUCAGUGUCCCAGUGCAAGAAGAUGAACUUGCUAAAAGUGAAGAGAGUUCUGAAAUUUCUCCAGAGCCAAAAACAGAAAUGAAGACUCUGAAAUGGGCAAUUUCCCAGUUUGCCUCAGUGGAGAGGAUUGUGGGAGAGGACAAAUAUUUCUGUGAGAACUGCCACCACUACACGGAAGCCGAGCGCAGCCUUUUGUUCGAUAAAAUGCCCGAAGUGAUCACAAUUCACUUGAAGUGCUUUGCUGCCAGUGGCUUGGAGUUUGACUGCUACGGGGGCCUGUCCAAGAUCAACACCCCGCUGCUGACGCCGCUCAGGCUGUCCCUGGAGGAGUGGAGCACCCGGCCCACCAACGACACCUACGGGCUCUUCGCCGUGGUCAUGCACAGCGGCAUCACCAUCAGCAGCGGCCACUACACGGCCUCGGUGAAGGUCACAGACCUGCAGAGCCUGGAGCUGGACAGGGGCAAUUUCCUCCCCGAGCCGGGCUACGCCGCGCUCAAGCCGGAGCCGCUGACCGAGGAGGAGGCGCGGGCCGUGGCCGAGGACUACGACGACGGCGAGGUCUCCUUCAGGCUCAACGGCGCCGCGCCGCCGGGCAAGGUGCUCAGCAAGAAGAACAUGGAGGCCGUGGGACUGCUCGGGGGGCAGAAGAGCAAGGCUGACUGUGAGCUGUGUGCCAGCAAACAGCCCAACCCCGAGAAGCUCCUCAGCGUGGCUCCCGAGCCCCGCGGCGCCGAGCCCAGCGCGGAGCAGGGCGAGCCCCCGGGGCUGGGAGCCAAUGGACUGGAGAACAAAGCUCUCUACGUGCUCCAGAGCCUCAAGGAGUACGAGGGGAAGUGGCUGCUCUUCGAUGAUUCCGAAGUGAAGGUCACAGAGGAAAAGGACUUUCUGAAUUCUCUUUCUCCGACAUCAUCAUCUACAUCGACUCCUUACCUACUGUUUUAUAAGAAGAUUGUAGAGUGAUGCUGUACUUGGACUGUAAAUAUUCGGGAUUUGCAUACACCUCUCACUCUGAUUUGCAUCCAGGCUACCUGGAAGGAAAGGCUGUUUGUUUUUUGAAGCUACUGAUUCUUCAUCUUUCUGGUCUUUUUUUUUCUUUUUUUUCCCCUUUGGUGUCAAGUGGCUCAACUUGAAUUAACAAAACAUGACAUAGGACUUGACUCACACCAUAACUUUUCUGCUGGAGAAUAGUGCUCUGACCUUUUAGAAAUACCAGUUUGUAUAGAUUCUAAACAAUGCCUACAGCACCCAGUAGUGGUUUUAAUGCAGCUCUAGGUCUCAGACAUGCCUAUUGUAUUAUUAGCUUUUUUUUCCUUUUAUUUUUUCCUUUUAUUUGUUUUUCUUUUAUUUUUUCCUUUUAUUUUUUUUUUUUUUUAAUAAAAGUUAUUUGUAUUCAUACCCUGGAGUAAAUGUAUAUUAACUAGCAAAUUUCAUCAGAAGUUGUGUAUUUUUGUAACUUGGGAAGUAACGCUUCAUAUUUAGUCUUUGGGUAAUGGACGUGGUUUAUUCUCCUGCUCCAGUUCUUUCCUGCAACUUGAAGCACAAGGAAAAGGGUCUGGGAACCUUGUCCAGAGCAUUGGAGGGAACUGAAUUCAUGGAGGUGUUUGACUGUUCUAAUUUGCAUCUUGGUGCAUAGGUGUUCAUGAGCAAAGUGUAAAUAGGUGUGAUUAAUACUUCAGACCAGGGGCAGAGUGUAGUGUAAUUAAAAUACUUUUGUACUUUGAAGAGUGAAGCCCUCAAAUCUGCAUCUCUGUUUGGGGGAGUUGGGAACUUAGUGGUGACCUUUUAACUGAAGUUAACUUGUACCUGGAUCUCCCUGAAACCUGGGGGAAAAGGAGAGCAUUUGGCUUUGAUGCUUUGUUAAGAAUGUACAUAUGAAAUAAAAAAGUUAUGAUGCGCAUCUGAGACGAGCAGAUCAGCCUGUUGUGUUUGGAGAGGGGAAAGCAGAAAGGGAAAGGGCUUUGGGAGCAGUUACAGAAAGGCUGGGAAAUUAUCUUAAAGAAACAGAAGAUUUAAAUGCUUUCAGAAUACAUUCUGUGGGUUUUAGCUGGUUCUUGGACAGUAUCUCUUAAUUUGAAGGUACUUUUUGACUACAGUUGUGAGGUGAAGAGGAAACAUUGCAAAACCCAAAACAUUUGCACUACAUACUAGAGAUGAAAAUCCCAAAUUGUUUGUCAAAGAUUUGAAGGUGACUCCUAUAAAUUGAUAAAAUCUUAACAAAUAUGACUCAAAAAAGGAGGGACUGUUCAGUCUGUCCCAGGAUGGAUGGAAUGACAUCAAGUGUCACUGCAGGCUGUGAAUAUGCCCUCGACAGAUUUCACCUUUUUCCACUACAAAUUAAUUUAUUCACAGGAAACUCCCUAAAACCCUCUGCCUAGUUAAUUCUGCAAUACUUAAUUUUUACUAUUUUUUAUUAUAGUGUUGUAUAAACCCGGAGGUAAGUCAGGAAAAAUCUCUUCUAGUGUAUUUUCCAUGUUAGGUUUGACCUCUGAUUGUUGUACAGGCCUUGAUUUUGCAGCAUAAAAAAAUCUGCAAUGACAAAAUACACUUUUUCCAAAGCAUUGCACUGUAAUAAUUAAUAAUUUCAGUGUCUAAACCAAGAAAAAGCUACAUUAUAAAAAUAUCAGUAAUCUUACCUUGCAAGGGCAGCCCAGUCCCACUACAGAAUGCAAUUUUUUAGGCUUUGCUGAAUUUCAGCCUGCAAAUGAAAGUUUAUUUUUCCACACCUGGCGCAAGACUUUAUCCUUUUCAUUCAACUGCAGCAUCAGGAAUGUUCCAAGGAAACAAAAUACCAUUAUUUACACCAAAAUAGGAUGUAAGGAAGACCCAGCUGCCUUACAUCAUCCCAGUACAGCUUGGGAGGAGAUUUUUUGUAUCCUGUAUUGGCAGCUGAAGAGAAAACAGCCUCAGCUGGAAGAUGCUGAAUAAAAACCCCUCUUCUGGCACAGAGAGAGGGACUGGGGAUGGAUUUUUGGGAUAUUCACUCCAGCACCACUUGCCACCCCCCUGAACUUGCUUGUAACUCCUGUCCUGGGGUAGAACUGCUGUAAAUUGAAGUUUCAUCCUUUCAUGGCUCCUGGGAUUUGGUUGCACUGUGUAAAUAUUUUUAAUGCCUCUUCCUGUAAAUCUCUUCCAAAGCUGUUCCCUCUUCCCUUAAUGUUUUCCAUUCUGAGAUUCCCUGACUCUCACAGCACCUCCAAGACCUUGUCAAGAGCCCUGGGCUUUGGAAGAGAUCUUGGAAUAGCCAUAAAAACAUUUGGAGUUUUCUUUCUGCAGGAAACUCCCGUGUUCUGCCCCGUGACACAGAACUAAUUCAGGAUUAUUCUGUUCCAGGGAAUCCUUUAAGAGCCUGGCACACAAAACACCACCACUGUGGAGCUGUUGGGAUAACAGAGCAUGGGAGAAGUCUCCAAUAGCCUCAAAUAAGUAUCAGGAAGGGAAAAAAAAAAAA